AUGUCGUACAGCGCUAAACGCACUCGGUUGUCAGGAGCAGAAUACCAGAAAACACGUAUAGCACGUGAAUUAGAAAUAUCUAAACAAAAAGAUCGAAUUUUAAAUUUUUUUCAACCAGUACCAACUAGUAACUCCCAAAAUAAAAAUAAUAAUAUUUCUUCAGAUAACACAGAAAUUGAAAGUGACAAUACUGGUGUGUGUGAUAAUGUGCAGGCUCUUGUGGAAAAAGAAACACAUGUUUCAGAAUCUAACUUAGAAAAUGAUGGUAAUUUAACUUUAAAAGCUAAAACUUCCCCAGAAGAUUAUUGUGAAAGUAUUGAAUGCCAUGAAGAUUUGUUGAUUGAGGGUAAUGAAGCGAAUAACAUAACACUUUCCAUUUUAAAAGAUGAAACGUUACACAAUAAUUCCAAUUGUGAAAUGGUUGAACAAAAUGAUCAAGAUUUUAGUCUAGUAGAAGAUACACCUGCAGAUUCGUUUGACCUUGAAUUAUUAAAAGAUCCAAAGAUGUGGCCAGUUAUUUGUGAUAAAAUACGGAUGUUUUUAGUUCAAAAGGGCCCUUAUCAAACACAUUCGAAAUCGUACCCAAAAGAUGAUACAGGUCGAAGAUUUACAAUCAAUCAUUUUUUUAGAAAAUUAAGUAAUGGAAUGGAGGUAAAACGAUCAUGGUUAGUAUAUUCCGGUACGGGUGAUUCUGUAUUUUGUUAUUGCUGUAAAUUAUUUAAUGAGACAAAAUCGUCUUUAGGCAAAGAGGGAUAUCAUGAUUGGAAGAACAUUGCUGAAACGUUAAAACAACAUGAACGGUCUCCACAUCAUGAAACAUCUUUUCUUAAGUGGAAAGAACUAGAAAUAAGAAUAAAUAAUUCAAAAACCAUAGGCAAUAUAAAUGAAAAAAUAAUAAAAACGGAAAUUCAACAUUGGAGACAAGUUAUAGAAAGAAUAAUAUCAUUAAUAAGAGUACUUGGAAAUCAAAACUUAGCUCUACGGGGAACUCACGAUAAACUCAAUUUAGAAAAUAAUGGAAAUUUUUUAAAAUUCGUUGAGUUUUUAGGUAAAUUUGACCCAGUUAUGAAGGAACAUAUUAUAAGAAGAAUAACCUCCGAUGAAAUACACACUCAUUAUCUUGGAAAAGAGAUACAAAAUGAGAUAAUUAAUUUAUUAGCGAAAAAAAUUAGACUUCAUAUAUUAAAUUGUCUGAAAAAAGCAAAAUACUAUUCAAUUGUUCUCGAUUGUACGCCAGAUAUUAGCAAUAAAGAACAAAUGACUAUGAUUUUCAGAUUUGUCACGAUUUCAGAAGAUACUGGUGAAGUCACUAUAAAUGAACACUUCGUAGAUUUUAUUCAACUAUAUGAUACAUCUAGAUUUAAUAUGACAAAAGUCCUAUUGGAUAAAUUAAGAGAAUUUGAAGUUAAACUUGAGGAUAUGAGAGGUCAAGGCUAUGACAACGGAGCGAAUAUGCGUGGAAAACAUAGUGGUGUUCAAGCAAGAAUUCUUGAACUAAAUUCUAGAGCUUUUUAUGUACCAUGCAAUGCGCAUACUUUAAAUUUAGUUUUAAAUGAUUCUGCUAAUUGUUGCCUUGAAGCGGUCUCGUUCUUUAGUUUAAUUCAAGCAAUUUACAAUUUUUUUUCUUCAUCAACUCACCGUUGGGAUAUAUUGAUUAAAUAUUUACCCGGUUUAACUGUAAAACCACUAAGUGCUACUCGGUGGGAAAGUAGAGUGGAUGCAGUUAAAGCUAUUAGAUUCCAAUUAAAUGAAAUAUGUGAUGCAUUGUCAGAUAUUGUAGAAGAUAACACUUUAACUAAUGCAUCUGGUGUUAAAAGUCGUUCUGAAGCCCAAGGAAUUUAA